AUGGUAGCGCGACGGGCUAAAAUACAGCUGCGCAACGGCAGCAGGAUUGCUAACAGCGUGGAAAUGGAAACUGACUCUCCAUUUGCGUCGUUCACAGUUGGUGCAGACUCGAUCCGGACGGUGAGAGUCUUGCCAGAUCUAGACGAUGGUGGUCUAAUUCAGUGUCAAUGGAGACUCAGCAUCCCUGGAACUUCAUACUUGCCAAUUUCCUACGAAUGGGGCAAGGGGAUUCCCACAAGACCAAUAAAGAUCUACCAACAGACCUUGUACGUCAAGGACAACCUUUACAGCUUUCUUGAAUUUGCCAGAUUGAAUAGAGCUGGUCAGUGGCUCUGGAUCGAUGCGCUGUGCAUCAACCAAGACGAUCAUCAGGAAAAGAGUCGUCAAAUAGCUAUUAUGCAACGCAUCUACUCUCGGCCGCGCAGAAUCCUUGCGUUCAUACCAGACAUCGGUCACCAUUCUUCGCACAAUAUGGCUCCAUCUGGGCUCAGUCGCAUGGCAUGGAAGUUCAUGCAGAAAAUUAGUAACGGACGAUGGAGUACGGUCAGUGCUCCUUACGCAUUCGAUUCUCGACUCGUUGAUUCAAGCAGCUGGAAACGCAUCCUGGCAGGCACUCUACAGAUCGCGAGAUCCACCUACUGGACUAGACUCUGGAUAGUACAGGAGAUUGUGCUGGCGAGAGAUGUCGACAUUACAAACGGUCGACACGUAGCGUCAUGGGACAGUUUCCAGAAACUGUUGCGAAUAGUAGAAGAUCGAUCCUAUAUCUCAGCUUCAGCAGCAGAUCGGACAACUUCGAGCGUACCGUCUCGACUACAAGAAUUGCGAGCAGGACGAUGGCCUGCGUCGUUGACAGACUUAAUACUCGACUUUGCCAGCUUAGAGUGCCAGAAUUUCCAGGAUCGCACGUAUGCUUUGGCAUCGCUUGCGUACAACGGACAUUGUUUGCAUGUUGACUACUCGGUGGAUCCGAUUCGUCAUUUCUUACAAACCAUAGAGUUCUGCCGCGGAUCUGGCGCCUAUCUACAUCACCAUUCACAGCUAUUCUCUGUCAGUCACAAGCUACGGAGAGCCAUGGACAUUGAGCUGGACUCAAUUGAAGAUUGGUGUUUUGGGCAAGAUGUCCUCACGUGCAACACCACCAUCUCAUCUGCGAGAACUGUGCAGCCGAAUUUUCACGCGCAACCUUUCUCCGAAUGCGAACACUGCCAUACAAAGAUGAAAUAUAUAGGAGGUGGCCAACCAUACAUAUUGCUCUGUCUGUAUGACGAGGGUGUCGAAAGCCACUUGGUGAUGGCUGUGCCGCAGUCCAGACCUAUUCGUGGACAAUGGACAGAGGUUUCAAUAUCUCUGCCUUAUGCUAUCACCGAUGGAGGACUCUCGGUAACUCAGGCAGUCAGCAUUGCACUCGAAUCGGCUCCCAAUAAGCCACAUGAACGUCUGAGGCUCAGCGCGGCCUCCUUCCUGGAGAUUCUACAACGAGAGCGGGCACAUACUGGCGAUUGUGUUCCAAGAACUCAAAAACUAUGCAUGAUAAAUGCAUCAGAGCCUGAUCUACAUGUCUUAGGAGAGAGACUGUGGAGCCAACCCGCCAACAAGAUUCGGUCAGCGUGUCAGUACGCCAUUGUUCAUUCGCUGUGA